AUGCGGUUUCUCGCUUUUACUGGUGUUUGCCUGCCGCUCAUUUCAGGCUCGCCGGUCGAUAUCUCUCUCCCUGAACUAUCCCCUCGCCUUGUCACCACCACUGAGCAGCUCUCCUGUGGCGUGGUUGGUCACAAGCCAGACUCUAUUCUUACCAGAAGUAGGAAAUGUCGCUUGGUCGAUUAUCAGGAGCUUUGCUCUGCUAUUACUGGCUGCAAGAGCUACGCUGAGAGCAGUGCCAAAUGUCUUCUGUUCUCUUCCCCUGUCGCUGAAGGAUUCCAACAAGACUCGACGUCUCCUUAUACACUAUAUGACCUUGAAUGUUCUAUGCCCACGUCUUCAGCCACUGAAACUCCACCCGAAGCCACCAACAGCGCUACUACUCGGUUGUCCACCUCAGGCACGGAGGCCGCUGCAACUUCAAAUGCGCAGCCCUCGUCAACAGCAGCUACCUUUACGACAGAACUCAGUACAGAAUUAGCCUCUGCAUCGACUUCUACCUUCAGUGAGCCAAUCACCGCUACAACCACUGACCACACAACAUAUGCAGAGAGCGCGAGUGCUUCAGUGUCCAGCGAUGUUACCUCAACGGCAAUUGCUCUUGGCUCGAAUACUGGAACAACCAUUACGGGCGAUGAAACAACUACGACUGCAGGCGGGACUACCACGGCUAGUUUAAGUACACCGACCGUGUAUAUCAUCCGUCUGGUGAAUCCCGACGAGUCCACCUUUGGCUUUGUGUCUUCUACCAUAGACUUCAAUCGUUUGUCUGGCCUUAGAGAGAAAGCAUUGGAGAUUCAGAUAUCUGCUCCCGAGCCAGAUGCCACUUCUCACUUGGAUAUCGUCCAUGCUGAGACAUUCGGGGGCCUUACUCGCUUGUGUGCCGUUCAGAGUACCCAUAACACAAAUGCCGACUUGGGGUCUGACUCGUCGUUCUUCAAUUACCUUUCUACAUGUACUCCCACCGGAUCACUAACAGUAAAAGGCCCUCCCGGUAGUGUGCCAGCCUAUAUUUACCACGCUUGGUCUAACUGGGGUUCACUUCAUGGAUACACGUUGGCAGCUGAAUCAGCUAUUGUGAGUCAACACGAAGAACGAAGGCUAGCCAAUACUAAUGCUACCUCUCAGUGGACCGUUGAUCCCGACACUCUGGAAGUCACUGCUUCCUGGAUAAAUACCGACGGAUCCGCUCCGCCUACUACUCUCUUUGUUCCUGAAACCUCCAACUGGAUCGGUUGGACUGGUAGUCUGUCUGCACUGCAGGCUGCCUUUCCAAACCAGCCAUAUAAACGCAUCAAGUUGGUUCUUGAGCCAAUUCUGUAG